GUCGCGAUCCUCAAAGUGUAAAAUGGGACUUUCUUCGAUAGGUAAAAUGGAAAGUGGUCGGCCGAAAUUCAGGUGAGUGGACAUAAUUUUAGAGCAAGAUGAAAGUUAUUGUGCCUGUUGUUAAUUAAUGGACGAGCCGCGCGACCCCUCCUUUUUUAACGCACGUUAUGGGCCCGACAAGGAAAGGAGAUCGGGGUAAAUGCUCUGCUGCGUUUUUCAUUUACUUUCAAAGAGUCUUUUCCUUUCAUUUUAAAAUAAAAUCGGAAGAUAUAAAUACGGUGGCGAGUCAAUAAGAGAACUAAAUCUCGCACUGACUUCGGAGAGAGGUGUGCGCCAGUUUUGGGAUUAAGUGAGUUUUUUCGUCUGUACAAUGAUCAAUAGUCUCGCGUUAACUUCCUUGGGUUUAAUGGCGGUCGUCCAUAUGUGCGUCGCCGGAGGAGGUGGAGGUGAACACAAGAAGGUGAUCAUUCACGUGCCGUACAAAGUAAAAACGAUCCAUCAUACGCAUACGAUUGUGAAGCACGUCGGAGGAGGAGGACACGGAGGUGGCGGCGGAGGUGGUGAAUCGUUUAAGGUGAUCGGUUUCAGUGGCGGAAUCGAUGAGGGGCACGUUUUUACCCAGGGAAUCGGCGGAGGAGGUUUCGGUCAUGGCAUUGGGGGUGGCUUCGGAGGCGGUUUCGGAGGAGGGUUUGGCGGUGGAUGGGCUGGUGGAGCUUCUGAUGGGGGUAUUGGCGGAGGACAUGGCCCCGCGCUAUUAGCCAGUCAUGGUGGAGGAGAUAUCGGUGGUCAUGGCGGAGGUGCAGAAUUAGGGGGCGGAUAUGGAGGAGGAUUUGAAGGCGGAUUGGGGGGUGGUCAUGCUGCCAUUUCGUCAGGAGGUGACUACGGCGGCGGAUAUGAAGGAGGUUAUGGAUCAGAAGGAGUCCAGGCUAUCGGUGGUGGAGGUGAUGAACACCAUGGAUACGACUAACAAGAAAUCACUCACACCUCAAACGUUUACUAGUCUAACAGUAUAAUUUUGUACAUUUUUGUUGAUUUUAAAAGUUAUUUAUUACUGUCCUUUUUUUUAAAUAAAACAUAGUCCC